AUGGCUUCAAAGAAUUCGGACAAGAUCGUUCUUGUCACCGGAGCCAACCAAGGUCUAGGCCUCGCUGUCAUUGAAGUCGCCGGUAAACGCUAUACCUCCAACACGUACAUACUUUGCGCGCGAGAUAUCAAGAAGGGCCAGCAAGCAAUCCAAGAGCUCCGUGAACGCGGGGUCAGCGCCGCCAUUGACGUGGUAGAGCUGGACGUGACCGACGACGACAAGAUCGCCACCGCAGUCAAAUAUGUGGACGCGCAGUACGGACGGCUCGAUGUUCUCGUCAAUAACGCAGGUUUCGUCAAGCUCGGCCACCAGGACAGGGACCUCUCGGCCAUACGUGCCACGUACAACGAGUACAUGAAUGUGCAUAUUACAUCGGUGGCUGUGGUCACGCACGCAUUCACCCCGUUGUUGCACCGGUCAGCCAUGCCCAAGGUCAUCAAUAUCACAUCCGGACUAGGAAGCAUCACCAACGUCCUGUCGGCACGCAAGAUGGCACGCGUCCCGCCAUAUGGAGCCAGUAAGGUAGGGAUGAACGGGCUGACGGCGCACUUGCAGGUCGGCGAGAACGAGCGGGUGGCGGCGGGUGCGUCCAAACCACCACGGAUCCGCUUCUUUAUCUCCAACCCGGGGUUACUGAAGACGGCCUUCUCCAAUUACAUUUCGUUCGGAAAGGAGCCACAAGCGGGCGCGGAAAGUAUAGUGCAGCUGAUGGGCGAUGAGGAAGGCCAAUUUGAUCACGCCAUGCAAUGGGAGCAUGAGGAGGGACAGAUGCGUGUUGUGCCGUGGUGAUUCCUGCGCACAGUGAGAUAGGUACUUUUCUAUGUAGUCGGGCCGUUCCGGGCGAAUAUAUCCUAUUGUAUGCCCUGG